GCAUCGCUGGCCUGCCGACAGCAUCAUUCUCAGUUUGGAAAGCGUCCUGAUCUGCUGUGACCAAGCGCGAGUGUUUCAACACAAAUUUAUUUAACAACCGUUAUUUAUUGCUCUACUUUUUGCUGUUUUUCAAGUGCUUUGAAAACUUUUUAUCAAAAUGCGUGAAUGUAUUUCCGUACACGUUGGCCAAGCUGGUGUCCAGAUUGGCAACGCCUGCUGGGAGCUGUACUGUUUGGAGCAUGGAAUCCAGCCAGAUGGUCAGAUGCCAUCUGACAAGACCAUCGGAGGUGGUGAUGAUUCAUUCAACACUUUCUUCAGCGAGACUGGUGCCGGCAAGCAUGUUCCACGUGCCGUCUUCGUCGAUUUGGAACCAACCGUAGUUGAUGAGGUCCGUACUGGAACCUACCGCCAGCUGUUCCACCCAGAGCAGUUGAUCACCGGAAAGGAAGAUGCUGCUAACAAUUAUGCUCGUGGUCACUACACCAUCGGCAAGGAAAUCGUGGAUGUUGUGCUCGAUCGCAUCCGUAAGCUGGCUGACCAGUGUACCGGUCUUCAGGGAUUCCUGAUCUUCCACUCGUUCGGUGGUGGUACCGGAUCCGGUUUCACCUCGCUGCUGAUGGAGCGCUUGUCGGUUGAUUAUGGCAAGAAAUCGAAGCUUGAGUUCGCCAUUUACCCAGCCCCACAAGUUUCAACCGCCGUUGUUGAACCAUACAAUUCCAUCUUGACCACUCACACCACUCUUGAACAUUCGGAUUGCGCUUUCAUGGUUGACAACGAAGCCAUUUACGAUAUCUGCCGUCGUAACCUGGACAUUGAACGCCCAACGUACACGAACCUGAACCGUCUGAUUGGUCAAAUUGUUUCCUCAAUUACCGCCUCGUUGCGAUUCGAUGGUGCCCUGAAUGUUGAUUUGACUGAGUUCCAAACUAACUUGGUGCCCUACCCACGUAUCCACUUCCCGUUGGUCACCUACGCUCCUGUCAUCUCCGCUGAGAAGGCUUACCAUGAACAGCUGUCGGUUGCUGAAAUCACCAACGCUUGUUUCGAGCCAGCCAACCAGAUGGUGAAGUGUGACCCCCGUCACGGCAAGUACAUGGCCUGUUGUAUGCUGUACCGUGGUGAUGUUGUUCCGAAGGAUGUCAAUGCUGCCAUCGCUACCAUCAAGACUAAGCGUACCAUCCAGUUUGUCGACUGGUGUCCAACUGGGUUCAAGGUCGGUAUCAACUACCAGCCACCAACCGUUGUUCCAGGUGGUGAUCUCGCCAAGGUCCAGCGUGCCGUGUGCAUGUUGUCCAACACCACUGCCAUUGCCGAAGCCUGGGCCCGUCUCGAUCAUAAGUUCGAUUUGAUGUACGCCAAGCGUGCCUUCGUCCACUGGUAUGUCGGUGAGGGUAUGGAGGAGGGAGAAUUCUCCGAAGCCCGUGAAGAUUUGGCUGCCCUCGAGAAGGACUACGAGGAAGUUGGCAUGGACUCUGGCGAAGGUGAAGGUGAGGGUGCUGAGGAAUACUAAGCAGCUAGUUUACUAGACCAUCGUUACGAAGUCGAUCGAGCAUGAAAGCACUUUUUUCGCAUCACUACUCAAACAGUACGCUAUUUCACGAUUUUGAUUGCAGCGUUCAAAAUUGCCAGAAAUAAAAGAAGCAUUGAAAAAAGCAUAAGCCACAAUUAA